AUGGCAAAGUUGAAUGAUAGCGAUCAAUGGUGGGAAAGGGGGAGAGUUCUUGGUGUCGGUAGUUAUGGGGUUGUCUAUGAAGCUCGUCCUUUGCCUGAUGAUCCUAUAUCUCUUAUUCUUCCGCCACUUAUGGCCGUUAAAUCAUUCAUCAGUAAGGAUUCUCUUGACCGUGAGAAGCAGUUUUUGUCGAUAUUUAAAGAUGAUCAUCCAAACAUCAUUGGUUAUUAUGGUUGUUCGGAUUUCAAUAUAUUUUUGGAGUACGCCUCCGGCGGCGACUUAAAGAAAACCUGUGGAGGAUUAUCGGAGAUGGAGGUGAGCAAAUAUGUUAAAGGAAUUUUGUUGGGUUUGAAAGACAUUCAUCAAUUGGGUUUGGUUCAUUGCGAUAUUAAGCCGGAGAAUAUAUUAUUGACGGGCGAUGGAGUUCCCAAGAUUGCAGAUUUUGGAUUGGCCAUGAGAGCAGGAGUUGUUAACGGAACUGACGGAAGGCGAGGUACGCCAGAAUAUAUGGCGCCGGAAGUGAUAACACACGGAGUAUAUAACUGGCCGUGUGAUAUUUGGGCAUUGGGUUGUACUGUAUUAAAGAUGCUGACCGGACAGAAGAAAGUAUGGGAAGGAUUCCCGAUUAAUAAAGAUAUAAAGAAUUUUGUGGCAAUACACGAUGUCGUACCAAUAAUUCCUGAUGGAUUGUCUUUUGAGGCCACAGAUUUCUUACAAAGGUGUCUUGUGAGGGAUUUUUGGAGUAGAUGGAACGUUGAAUCACUUCUCAUUCAUCCGUUCGUAAUGAGAAAGGAUAAAGAACUCAACUCAUAA